AUGUCUGACGAGGAAUACUCUGAGUACGAAGACGAGGAGGUAGAGGAAGAGGAAGUCGAGGAGGUCGAAGAGGCCGAGGCUGAAGUUGAAGAAGAAGCCGAGGAGCAAGAAGAAGAGAGGUUCAAGAGAGCUUCUGUCGACACAACGGCUACCGGUGGUCCAGCAACCCCGGCUGCCGCUUCGCACGCUCCUGUCACUUUCGACGGAGAGAAUCUGAAUGAAGCCGAAAAGGCGAUGCUCGCUGCCAAGAAACGUCACGAGAACGACGAACAAGCCAAGCUUGAUGACUACGAGAAGAUCCGUCGUGCUGAACGUGAAAAGGAAGAAGAGGAGUUGAAGAAGUUGAAGGAGAAACAAGAGCAACGUCGUCUUGCCAGAGAGCAAGAAGAACGUGAAGCUGCUGAACGCAAGAAAUUGGAUGAGGAGAGAAGAAAGAGGGAAGAAGAAGAUCGCCGUGCUCGUGCUGAGGAAGAGAAGAGAAAGAAGGAGGAAGAGAAGCUGAAGAAGGCUCAGAUGAUGGGAGGUGGAUUCCCAGGACAACAACAAGGAGGAAGAAACUUCGUCAUCAACAAGAAGGAGGAAUCCGCCGGAGUUGGAGAUCGUUUCGGAAACAUUGUUCAAGCUAAACAAGAAAUGGGAAUGACCAAGGAACAACAAGAAGAAGCUAAAACCGUCUUCAUGCAAGGAAUCCGCAAGAACAUUGCUGAGGCUUCGACCAUCCUUCCAAAUGACAUGAAGGCUAAAAUCAAGGAGCUCCACCAACGUAUCUGCAAGUUGGAAGCUCAGAAGUACGAUUCGGAGAAGAGACACGAGAGGCAGGAGUACGAUCUCAAAGAAUUGAACGAGAGAUCUCGUCAAGUUGCCCGUGCCAACAACGCAAAGAACGGACAAAUUAACUCCGACGAUACCGGAGGAAGACAUCCACCAAAGGUUCAAAUCGCUUCCAAAUACGACAGACAAAUUGACAGAAGAAACUUCAAGGAACGUCGUCAGGUGUACGAGAACAAGGUCGCCUUCCCCUGCUUCCCAGGAGUCCCACCCCCACCAGCAAUCUACGAGAAAAUCAUCAAGAAGAUGGAUUACGAAAUCCAACAAGAACUUGAUGCCGCCGAGGAAGAGGAGGAAGAUUAUUAA